AUGGCACAAGUUACGGACCUUCCACAAGAGUUGCUCGAUUACGUAUUCAAAAGCCUCAAACCUCUCGAUAUCCUCAACGUAGCCGAAACAUGCAAGACACUACACGCGGCUGCCCUACCAGCCAUCUACCAUACUAUUGUCAUGAGGUGGGAGAUACGCAGGGAUAUGGGUCUCGGUACCGAAAGGAAGGAUUUGAGUGACUCGUCCAAGGCCCAUGAUGAAGAAGCCAUUCAUCGGGAUAAUUUGCCAGGUCCAAACAUACAGCUCUUACUCCGGACGCUGGCAGAAACCCCCAAUUACGUCAAGCUCGUCAAAAAGCUGGACUUUCGAGCAGCCCACUGCACCUUCUACGAUGAUGACGGCUCAAUCCGCAGGUGUUUUCCUAAUAGUAGCAUAGAGCUAACUGGUCAAGAGCUGCGUAACGACAUGUUCAAGCGCUACGUGCGGGCGGAAAAGUACCCACCACCCCAUCGCUGGUUGGAAAAGAACAAGCUACUUAUAAUCAUGGCUAUGCUGAUCGUAACUUGCCACAAACACCUUGAGUCACUGUCCAUCUCUGCCGACUUCCUGCUCAACAACGAAUGGUUUCCCAUAAUGCUCCGUCAUGGGUUCGCCAUGAAUGCAACGGCACUAUCGCCCGAGUGGUUUAUUAAAUUGAAAAGCAUGCGCGUUAUAUUGGAGCAUUGGGAUCGAGAAUCAGGAUAUCUCUACAAUCGGCCGCCUAUGCCGUGGUCUAUCGAGUUCAGAAAGAUCCAAAAGACUUUGCUACUUCUUCACUAUCUACCCGCUGUUGAGACAUUGGAGCUUUCUGCAUUUGCGGAUAGGCGUCUAGGUCAUAAUAUAGCACUGUGGAGGAAGAAGAGAAAGCAGUCACAGAAGCCCUUUUGGCCUCUGGACAACAAACCACGAGCUCUCUGUCUGACCACGCUAAGGCUCAAACAGUCAUCUUUGGCCCUACACACUCUCCAGAAAUUGCUUGAACACGCACCGUUGGUCAACGUUUUGGAGCUCGAAUUUUAUAUGCAUCACAAACAUGCCCCACUGAGGUUGGUCGAGCUGUCUAGGGCUUUGCGGUGCAUCCGCCGCACACUCCAACACCUAAAGAUACGUGCGAUUUUCUUCAAGGACAUGUUUCCCAACCACAGCCCGCACGUAGAGGUGAGCAGAAUACUCAACAGCAUGGGUUCAUUGCUGCGCGGCUUCCCUGCGCUCACCACGUUGGAAAUUCCCCUCUCAGUGCUCAUCGGGGCAGACUACAUCACAACCGGCCCACGGCCCCGACUCGGCGAUCUUCUCCCCCCUUCGCUCACCCAUCUAACCCUGAAUUACGAUCUUAACAUACCAUCCUUUGCAAUCCAAAAUGUCAUGCCAUACUUCCACACAUAUCUAGCGGAGAUUCACAUUGGAUCUGAGCUAUCGCGAGACCUGGGUAUCGAUGGCGUGGUGCUUUUUGACGACGAUGAUGGUGGGUACGGGACAAGUGUACAUGCUAGUUCAACAGAGGUCGAGCAGGAGGUUGAAGAUGCUAUUAUCCAGGAGCUGGACCGUGUUGAUCUGGAGACUUGUGAGAGUAGUCCGAUGCCAUUUGGACCAGACGACGACGAGGAAGAAGAAGAAGAAGAAGACGACGACGAUGGCUCCGCUGGCUAUGCUUCGUCAACUAUAGCGGAUUGGGAGUUGGAUGGACGACCUGAAUCAGAGCCAAGCGACUUCUAUGAUUAUUAUUUUACAAGCAGCGGUUCAGAUGGUUCCGACGAGGGAUAA